CCUCUCUCUUGGGAGAAGAGCAAGAGACCGAGGACUACGUCACUCAGGAUGGCGGUUGAUUUGACUCCACGGUUUCGAAGGUUGAACAGCCAAACCAGAAGCUUUCGUGAAAAUAUUCAGCAUGGUUUUUCAGGGCCCUUUGGAGCCACCCAGCUGUGGCACAACAUCAUUCAUGCCUUGCAGAGUCAGGUUGAGGUGCGUCGCUGCAGGAGACACCUCCGUCUCCAUGCUGAAUGCUUCACGGGUUCAGAUGCCGUGGACGCUGUACUCAGUUAUCUGAUGCAGAAUGUGGUGUUUAGCACAAGUGAAGUGUCUCGCCUUAAAGCUGCUAGACUCUGCCAGGCGCUGAUGGAGGCCAAGGUGUUUGAGCCAGUUGGCACGAGGCUCUUUCGCAGAGACAAGGAGGUGACCUUUGAAGACAGCAGCUGCAGCCUUUAUCGUUUUCUGGAAUAUAAAGUAAUGUACGAGUCUCCAAUGAAGGGGGGCGGUGUUGAAACAGAAAACAGACCACCAGAAGAACAGGUGACAAAAAGAAAGAAGAGCUCAAGGCUAAAUGAACUGAGGACAAUAUCCAAUCCUCUUGCCAUUGGACCAUCGGACAGGAGAGUUGAAAGACUUCUGAAAACCAUCAAUCUGCAACCAUCACUGUCUGCAUCUCUGAAUGCAGCCACCACAACGCCUGGCUUCCUGUCUAAAGCUGUGGUGGAUAGGGUUUGGAAGCAGCAGACCCUGUUGCAGAUCCUGCAGAUUAUAGAGUUGCCCAUGUUGGACUGCAUCCUAACUUCUCCUGAACGGGUUCCGUCUCAGGCCUGUAGACAUCUGCCAGCCAACCAGGACUUGGUUAUCUCUAACGCGUGCCUGGAAAGAGAGCUGCCUGACACCCUCAACAUACCCCAGUUAGAUGCAUGGCUGUCGACUGCCGCCGACCUCUUGGAGCUCUUCCCUGAUCAGCUGAUAGUAGCCGCAGGCGAACAGCUCAGCCAGCAGUGCUCAGAUGUCUCUUUAGAACUAGGCAACGCUGAGCAGAUGACCAAUCAGAAGAGACUGCUCUUUGACACUAUUGCCAAGUACUAUAGUGGACAGGAAAAAGCUCCACUCCUUUCAGGGCGCUACCUUGAUAUACAUGCUGCUAUUCUCAAUUUACUGGAUGAUGGAAAGAAUCAAGAGGCUAUUAAAGCAUCCCAGCUAUGCUUGCGCCUACUGGAGACGAGCAUGAGAGAUGAACUACGGAGACUGCUGGCCUUCAUGUCAACAGCCACUCAGCCAGAUGCCUGCCGUCUGCAGAAGCAGACUGACAACAGGACCUUAAUCUGCCGCACUUUUCAGAGAGCUCUUGUUCAGAGCCAUGAGCUGACACGACAGCAGGCGGAAACUCUGGUCCUCUUUCUAGUGGACAAUUACACCGAGCUCUUCAAGACUCCUACAACCCUUAUUGAAGCUGUGAGGAGAUCAUUGAGGACUUUGCAGCAGGGCAAAGACCCAGACGCCAUUGCGACCUUUACGUUCUGCCAGCAGGUGACUCCGCAGGAGUACGAGGACCAGCGAGAGGCCACCACGCUGCAAAGCCUCAAACAGCUUCUUUGUCAUAUUUCAGGAAAUAAGAGCAUGCCCGCCAAAGACAAGAGGAAGCUGCUCAAGGAGUUUGAAAAACAUCACCCUGUGGUGUUCCUCCAGUAUUUUUCCAGUACUUUCUGUGACUGAGUGGCUAUUAUUGAAUUCACAGAUGCACUUCAAAGCUUGCAGCUGCAGCAUUGGGGGAGAUAAAAAAAAUCUGGGGUCUAAUGAAACAUGCUAUGUUGAGGAAUACAUUCAGAUCUACUUAAAAUCUCUAAAUCCUGUGAAACCUCAAAAAGGUAAUUACUUGUUAGUGAAGUAGCUAUCAACACCUUUAGAACCUCAUGCACACUAAUAUGGAGUCUUUUUGAUUAAGGCAUCAAUUCAGCAACACAUGUCAAAGAUUUUGCACAAGGUUGAAAACUUUUUAUUAUACAAACCUUUCUCCAAUGUUCCUUAAGGGUAACUGGAAAAAAAGCUAAUUUACUUUAGAUUUGAAUGAUAAGGGAACUUUGUGUUGUUUAUUUCUUCUUCCACGUUGUAGACUACUGACAGUUUGUUGUAAAAAAUUAACGGUAGUGAAAUAGUGCCUUGUCUGUGCCAUGUUCCUGUGGCAUUACUGUACAAAAAGAGGUAAUAAUAAGGUGGUAAAGCAGAUAAUGAGCAGUUUGUGUAAAUGAUCAGUUACCUUCUUCCAGGCUCUAUUUGGAUAUAAUUAACGUAGAAAGAUGUGGAGGUUUGUUAUUGUGGUUGAGCUUGCAUACUGCACACUGAUAAAACAACUGCUGUUUUCCUGUCUCGCUUUCCUGCAUUCAAGGAUAAGCACUGGUUUAGAUAAACUCGGUCAAACUCAUUUGACUAAGGUUUAAUGCUUAAAUCACAUUUUGUGGGGUGAUCCUUCACCUUAGAUCUAAUUUAGAAAUUGUAGGUCUAAUGUAGCUCAGGGUAACACUGUACAUUUUAAUAAUUUUGGUUUUUACUUCAGCUAGCAAUACUAAUAGAACAUUUUUAAUUGUAAUUCUUUAGGAUUUUACUUGAAAGUAGACCUUAUGUUUUAAUUUUUUUUUCAGGCUACUAAUUUAUUUUUGGUACCUCAAAUUGUGGCUCUGUCAUGGUCACGAAGCCAUGGCCAUAAAAACUCAUAAUUAGGACUUUUCUCAUAAUUAUUGUUGAUUACAAGCACUGAAAUCAUGGGGAAGAAUGCACUUUAUGAUGGUGAACCAUGAGCAAUACGUGUAAUAAAUACUACAACCAAGGUCUUGUUAUGAUGAUUUCAUGCAUGUUUCUGCAGUCAGUCCUUUGAAUUUGU